GCACGACGCGUGCGGGACAAAGCAGCCUGGAAGGGGCGAGCGGAGAGGUGGCAGGAAUCUGGAGGUGUGAGCGAGCUUCCCAGGGGAUGGCCCGAGCGUGGGAGCGCAGAAGGCCGGGAGGCGACAGAGACCUGAAGAGACGAUCCCAGAGGCCAAGACGUAAACCUGGUGAGAGACGCAGAGGCUGGAGAGACCUGGAGCCUGAGAUGCCGAGACCACCAAAGACCCAGCGACCCAGCGCUGAAGUUGCUAUACGUCCUGAAAAGAACGUGAAAGAUAACAGAGAUAGAGACGCCGAGAGGAACGCGGAGACGCAGAAAGACGGCGAGACAAACAAGGCCAAGACCGUGUAUAUAGAAUGAGCGCUUCAGAAAACAGGAAAUAAGAGAGAGCGAGAGAGGAAGAGAAAGGAAAAAAGAGCAAGGGCCUUAGAGCUUGCGGGGCGGGAGGACCGCGCCCCUCCCCCGCGGAGGGCUGAGAGGACUCCCGGGGUAGGGAUCCGAGCUCCUGGUCCUUUCUCAGGAUCACGCCUGCGGAGGUGCGGGCAGAGGGGGCGGAAGGAGGGGUGUGGACAGAGGAACCACAGGCUGGGAGGAUGGGAGUGUGAGGACGUUCGGAAAUCAGGUUUCGAUCCGGAGCCUAAAAGUCUGCGAUGGAGUUAAAAAAAAAAGUAUUAAUAUUAAUGUUUGGUAGAAAUCAUAAACAAAGAUGCUUCUCAGAUACAUUAGAAAAGAUAUUUUUGGGUAAAGGAAAAACAAGUACUAGCAUUGCAUUGGCCGGGAAUCGAACCCGGGCCUCCCGCGUGGCAGGCGAGAAUUCUACCACUGAACCACCAAUGCAACCGGCAAAGAUGCCUCCUUAGCUCUCCCUCAGUAUGGAGGGAAUUGAGGCCCGUAGCCAGGCACAUAUUACAGGCCAGGGACUCCGCAAAGGAAUGGCUCCAAUAGACGUGGGUGGAGCGCCAGGCCAUCCUUCCUCCCGCCCGGAUCCGGUCACCCGGCCAUAAAGUCGCCCCAUAUGGCCAGGGGCGGCCCCACACCCGGGUGCGAACUGCCCAGGGCCCCAAGCCUCGCGUGCAGGCACUUUGUCCUGAUGUCUCCAGGUGUUCACGCAUCAUUCUUCAGAGUCUCAGGCUUUUGGUUUGAGAUGCUGAAGCCGCUUGUGGAGAAGCGGCGCCGGGACCGCAUCAACCGCAGCCUGGAAGAGCUGAGGCUGCUGCUGCUGGAGCGGACCCGGGACCAGAACCUCCGGAACCCGAAGCUGGAGAAAGCAGAGAUACUGGAGUUCGCCGUGGGCUACUUGAGGGAGCGAAGCCGGGUGGAGCCCCCGGGGGUUCCCCGGUCCCCAGCCCAGGACGCCGAGGCGCUCGCCAGCUGCUACCUGUCCGGCUUCCGCGAGUGCCUGCUUCGCCUGGCGGCCUUCGCGCACGACGCCAGCCCAGCCGCCCGCGCCCAGCUCUUCUCCGCGCUGCACGGCUACCUGCGCCCCAAGCUGCCCCGGCCGGAACCGGUAGAUCCGAGGCCCCAGGCGCCACAAGCGGGCGCCCAAAGCCCCGCCGCUCCCGCCGCCCGCUUUCUGGAGACCUUGGCCCUGAGCUUUGGGGGGGGCUGGGGGUAG